CUUCCUGCUCCUCACUGGUCAAUAUCGCUCUCUGAAACACACACACCCAUAUCAGGACAGGCAAAGGUCCGGUAACGGAACCAGGCCGUUACCGACUGUAAUGGAGUACGAUUACGAGGUCCAGACUUGGUUGGUGCUUCUGGGUGGACUUUUGUUCCGCCCACGCCGUAAGACCACUAAUGGUCGGGGGCAUCAAAGACCCGCCUGAUUGGAAGGUCCAAAGAAAGUUCUCACCUUGUGCCUUUCACGGUGGUCCUGAUGUGGCUGCUGGAGAAGAAGAAGGUAGUCACGGUGAUUAUGAAGAGCCAAGGUAAACUUUAAGGUGGCGAGCAGAUGAGCGUCCUCGCCCAGCGUCUGCUCCAAGAGAAGGUCCGUUCAAGAUGACUCACCCCGUGGUCCUCACGUUCUCCGUCUAUCACAAACUCCAAGCAGCGGCUCCGUUGCAGGCCCAGAAGGCCGCCAAGAAGUAGGAGAAGAAGCCUCAUGUUUCCCAUGCAGCGCGUCUUUGGUGGGGGGGGGAAAUGCAGCCGUGCUGGAAAUCCACACAAGACUCUCAGGUCAAUAUUUGCCCCCGCGCAUGUCACCCACGAGUGGGCGGGGGGGCAAACUUUGACCUGCGCGUUGAGUCAACACUCACUUUGUCCUUUCUGAGACGCACAACACAACCGGGUUCCGCUGCCCGACUGCCUCCGUGUCAUGGAUGGCGGUCAGGGAUUGGGGACUAAAAAGGGGCGGGGCCACGUAUAUUUCAACUGCCUUUGUGUACAUUGAAGGAGCCGGUUUGGGGGGGGGGGGGCUCGUGCAUCGAAUGGGCGCCCCCCCCUGGUGAGGGGUUGCAGGCAUGCAAAUUAUUUAGGGGGGCUUAAGAACAUUUUAGGGGGGGCUGAAUUCCCCCUAAAGUAGGCCUAAUGACGCCACUGUUAAGGUUGAAUUCUGAAUGCUGUUAUUGGCGCCUUCGUGUUGUUACUCCCUUUGUCCACUGGGUGGCGAACUACUACGGAAUUAUAGCCUGUAAGCAAACAUGCUGCUUUUCUUUCUCAUAAACUUUAUUGUUUAUGACCUGGUAUUUGAAACGAGUAGAAUAUGUGAAAGUUGAAACAUUUCACGUUCUAUUCAGGGCUGCAUCCUAGCUGUAAUAUUGUAAUCGGCCACAAGAGGCCGCCAAUACCUUGGUUUGCCUAAUCAAUCACAUCUGGAAGGUAGAACCGAUACGUUGCAAGGCAGCAUCUUGGUACAGGAGGUGACAGGUUCUACCACCUGAGCCAGACCCCUUGACUAUCCACGGCUCAGACCCUUCUUGAAACCCUGCUUUUGUUCUUUGGCUUUUAACCUAGCCCCUAGUGUACCAGAGUAUACAUAUUUUAUACUAAAACUGAGGAAGUAUUCUUGAAGUUUACUUUUGAUCAAGUAUAUUUUAUGUACUUGUGACAUACGUGUACUUGGCUUGUACUGAAAAGUACAAUUGGCCUGGUUUGUACAUUCACACAGACUAAUACACUAAUAUACCCGGGUACACCACAAAAUACUAUAUACCUGAUCUCCUCCAUUCAUUGGAGCAACAGCUCCUUUGUCACGUGUCCUGCCCGCUACUCGCCGUGCCCUCCCGACUACAGUGGGCAACUAUUAGCUAACACGUAGCCCAACAUCAGAGCUCACAGUCUGGGCAGCACUUGGGGUGUUGGCCCCCCCGUCUUCAGCCGUGCCUGCGUGAAAGGCUUUCUCAGUAAUUAUGAGGAUGAAUGCAGGAAAAUUGUCGGCUCCGCCUCCUCCACGCCCUCCACGGGCCGUUGACCUGGCGAGGAUCCAGGGGGAAAGAGUUAGUCUCGUUCUUGUUCAAAGUGCAACUGGAGACGGAGGUCUAACCCCCCCACGUACCUCCUCAGCUUUGGUUAGAAGAUAUUUUGGGGUGUGGCAAGUGCCGCCAACGCCUGUGAAAUCAUCCCUAAAGGUUGGAAACCUGUUCAUCGGCCUAGCUAGCAUGGCGGCCAUGUUGUCCAUCCCUGACCUGAUCAAGAAGAAGCGAGAUGGCAGCCGGCUGAGCGAUGAGGACAUCAAAGCUCUGAUGGGGGCGCUGACGAGCGGAUCCAUUCAGGACUGUCAGACGGGCGCCAUGUUGAUGGCCAUCUGGCAGAAGGGCAUGGACGAUGGCGAGACGGAGGCUCUGACCAGAGAGAUGAUGCUGUCAGGGGAAGUCAUGUCGUGGCCUGAGGAGUGGGCGGGGCUUGUGGUGGACAAGCACUCCACGGGCGGCGUGGGGGACAAAGUCAGCCUGGUCCUGGCGCCCGCACUUGCCGCCUGCGGCCUGAAGGUGCCCAUGAUCAGUGGGCGGGGCCUCGCUCACACCGGCGGCACGCUGGACAAACUGGAGUCCAUUCCCGGUUUCGACAUCCACCAGUCGGUCCGGCAGGUCCGAGCCAUACUGAGCACCGUGGGCUGCUGCAUUGUGGGCCAGACCCAAACCCUGGUACCUGCUGACCGGGUCCUCUACGCCAUGCGGGACACCACCAGCACCGUGGACAGCCUGCCGCUCAUCACCGGCUCCAUUAUCUCCAAGAAGGGGGCGGAGUCUCUGUCGGCGCUGGUUCUGGACGUGAAGUUUGGCCGGGCGGCUCUCUACAAGGACUUGGACGGCGCCAAGCAGCUGGCCGACCUUCUGGUGAGGGCGGGCAACCGGCUGGGCAUGCGCACGGGGGCGGUGCUAAGCCGGAUGGACGCCCCCAUUGGUCGAUGCGUGGGCAACAGUCUGGAAGUGAUGGAGUCUCUGGACACGCUGAAGGGACGCGGACCCCAAGACCUGAUGGAGCUGGUCACCGCCCUCGGUGGCGUGUUGCUGCUCAUGACCGGCCUGGCAGCCGACCAAUCACAAGGCAGAGAGAAGAUUUCCCAGGCUGUGAUUGGAGGAGCGGCCCUGCUGAAAUUCCAGGCCAUGAUGGAGGCUCAGGGUGUGGCCGAGGAGACGGCGCGGGUGCUAUGCUCCGCCCACACGGACUACUUCUCCGUCCUGAGGAAAGCCGAGCACGUGGCGGAGCUGACGAGCGGCGAGGACGGCGUGGUGGAGGACGUGGACGGUCUGAUCCUCGCCGAGGUGCUUCAUCAGCUGGGGGCGGGACGAACCAAGGCCGGGCAGCCCGUCAAUCACAGCGUGGGGGCGGAGCUCCUGCUCUCUGUGGGUCAGAAGGUCGAGAAAGGUGCGCCCUGGUUGCGGCUCCACUACGAGGACCCGCCCCCCAGUCCAGACCAGAUCAGUCGACUGCAGAGCGCGCUGGUGCUGAGACCCCCGGCACGCCCAGGCCGGCUUCCAAGAGGCAACCUGGUCCAAGAGGUCCUGCUUCCUUUUUAGGCAGGCGUAUGCGCCCGUGGAUGAAACAGCAAAUUAGGAAGCAGAAAGUCUAAAAAAUACAUUUUGGUAGCAUAAAGUUUUUAAAGUGAUAUUAUGAGAAAGACAAAGAUGUUGGUGAUGGUUGAAAUAUGACAAUAAAGUCAAAAUGAGAAGCUAAUUAGCGUAUGACCUC